GUUGCUGACAUUCAAUUCGGUGAAAAACAAUGCUGCUCGGCCGGAGUCUGUGUCCCAGGCUGCUGCCUCUCCGUCAGAGUCGCAACGUUAGUUCAGAAGGCACCGCGAGGAAGGCUGCUGUGGACAAAGUUCUCUCGGUCUUCAGGUCCAUAUGUGGAGAGGACGGUGUUUCAUUGGGUGAAGCAGUCAGAGAACAACACGGCAAAGAUGAGUCUGUACACAAGUGUCGCCCCCCAGACGUGGUGGUGUUUCCCCGCUGCGUGGAGGAAGUCAGCGCUUUGGCCAAAGUCUGCUAUGACCACAACCUUCCCAUCAUCCCGUUUGGCACGGGGACAGGCUUGGAGGGAGGGGUCGGUGCUGUGAAGGGUGGUGUGUGCUUUAGUUUAAGGAACAUGGACCAGAUCCUGGACCUUCACCCAGAGGACUUUGAUGUGACGGUGGAGCCCGGCGUGACUCGGAAAGCCCUCAAUGCCUACCUGCGAGACACCGGCCUCUGGUUCCCUGUGGAUCCGGGAGCAGAUGCCUCUCUGUGUGGCAUGGCUGCCACCAGUGCCUCUGGUACCAACGCAGUGCGUUAUGGGACUAUGAGGGAAAACGUUAUGAACCUAGAGGUGGUUUUGUCUGAUGGAAGCGUUAUACACACAGCUGGAAAAGGCAGACGCCCCAGAAAAACAUCAGCCGGCUACAACCUGACAAACCUGUUUGUAGGUUCUGAGGGCACCCUGGGGAUCAUUACCAAAUCUACAUUACGUUUGUACGGCAUCCCAGAGGCCAUGGUGUCGGCUGUCUGCUCUUUCCCCUCCGUCCAGGCCGCUGUAGACAGCACCGUGCAGAUUUUACAGGCUGGAGUCCCCAUCGCUCGCAUAGAGUUUCUGGACGAUGUGAUGAUCGAUGCCUGCAACAGGUUCAGCUCCCUGUCCUACGCCGUGACCCCGACUCUGUUCCUGGAGUUCCACGGAUCCCAACGAAGCCUUGAGGAACAAGUCACCACAGCCGAGGAAAUCACUCAGAGUAAUGAAGGUUCGGACUUUCAGUGGGCUCGGGAAUCAGAAACACGAAAUCGGCUGUGGAAAGCCCGCCAUGAUGCCUGGUAUGCUGCACAGGCUCUCAGACCAGGCUGCAAGGCUUACUCCACAGAUGUGUGUGUCCCGUUGUCUCGACUGCCUCAGAUCAUCGUUGAGACAAAGAAAGACCUGAUUGAGAGCAGACUGACAGGGCCCAUCGCUGGUCAUGUGGGUGACGGGAACUUCCACUGUCUGAUGGUGGUGGAUCCCAGUGAUCCGGAUGAGCUGCACAGAGUCCACCUGUUCACCGAGAGGCUGGCCCGGCGAGCACUGGCCAUGGAUGGAACGUGCACGGGGGAGCACGGAGUGGGUUUAGGAAAGAGAGUGCUGCUGCGUGAGGAGGUGGGACCGCUGGCCUUCCAGGUCAUGCAGGGUCUCAAGGACACCCUGGACCCAAAGAACCUGAUGAAUCCUGGGAAAAUUCUGCUGCACGGAGAGCUAUAGACUGUACUUUCAUUUGAAGGGAAUCACAGCUAGAAGAAAAUUAUAGCAAAUGCUGUAUAAAAUCAAGCUACAAUCGAAUCAAAACAAUAAAUAUUUCAAAAUUAAUCAAAGUUUAAUAUUUUUAAAUUAACUUUUAAUAAUAAAA